AUGACAAGGGGCAAGAAGAAAGGACGCGGAAAUCCGAAUUACGGUCGGAAUCCCAAGGUCGAGGAAAGUACAAGGAUUCGCCUAACUCAAGCUUUGGAACAGUUUCAAACUUCCAAUGACGAAGUUUACAAGUUUGAAGCUGGUUUGUCCAACGAAGACCGCCGUUAUGUGCAUCAAAUGGCCCAAAAAAUGGGGUUUAAAUCUAAAAGUCAAGGAAAUGGGAAGGAAAGGAGACUGUCAAUUCGAAAAGUCACUAAGAAGGGUGAGAAUGAUAAUCAGUUUGGGAAUCUUCCUCUUUUCACAUUUUCAGAAGAGUCAAAACGAGCACUGGGUGAACUAUUUGCGCAUUUUCCACCUGGUGAUGGAAACUUGAAGGAUAUUGUUGGAGAAAAUAGUGGUAGGACUGAUAACACAAGACAUAAGGCAGCUGAUAUUUUUAGCCGGCCCUCUAUGACCAAAGAUGAAAUUACUCGGAAAUUAGACACCCUAACUUCUAGAAGAGAGAGUGCAUCUGAUUUGAAAGAGAUCACUGAGUUGAGAUCUAAGCUACCGAUUGCAUCUUACAAGGAUAUAAUCACAUCAACAGUGGAUUCUCACCAGGUAGUUCUCAUAUCUGGCGAAACUGGUUGUGGAAAGACUACACAGGUCCCACAAUAUAUAUUGGAUCAUAUGUGGGGUAAAGGUGAGGCAUGUAAGAUACUUUGCACUCAGCCUCGACGUAUCUCUGCAAUGUCAGUUUCGGAGAGAAUCUCCAGAGAGAGAGGAGAGAUUGCUGGAGAAAAUGUUGGAUACAAGAUACGUUUAGAAAGCAAAGGUGGAAAGCAAUCAUCUAUUGUGCUAUGUACUACUGGAGUUCUAUUAAGGGUGUUGGUUUCUAAAGGUUCUCGUCGCUCUAAGAUGAAACAUGUGAAGGAUGAAAUUUCUGACAUUACUCACAUCAUUAUGGACGAAAUUCAUGAAAGGGACCGAUAUUCAGACUUCAUGUUGGCAAUACUCAGAGACAUCCUCCCUUCAUAUCCUCAUUUACGUCUGAUAUUAAUGAGUGCAACCAUUGAUACUGCAAGAUUUUCUCAAUAUUUUGGGGGCUGCCCAAUUAUCCAAGUUCCAGGGUUCACUUAUCCGGUCAAAACUUAUUAUCUGGAAGAUGUACUUUCUGCUGUAAAGUCAAACAAGGGUGAUAGUUCCACAUUUAGUAUUCCAACAAGCAAUCACAAGCUAAGUGAAGAACACAAGCAUUCUUUCGAUGAAGCUAUAAAUUUGGCUUGGUCUAACGAUGAGUGGGACCUACUGUUAGAGUUUGUUUCUUCUGAAGGAACCCCAGAACUCUUUAAUUAUCAGCAUUCUUUAACCGGCCUUACACCGUUAAUGGUGUUUGCUGGAAGAGGUAGAGUUGGUGAAAUGUGCAUGCUAUUAUCUUUUGGGGCAGAUUGCAAUUUAAAGGCCAAAGAUGGAACAAGUGCACUAGAGAUUGCGGAAAGAGAGAACCAACCAGAAGCAGCUGAAAUACUAAAAAAGCACCUGGAUGGUUCCAACUCCACGGAUGAGCAGAGUUUACUUAAUAAAUAUCUUGAAACAGUCAAACCUGAACUUGUUGAUGUUGUUCUGAUAGAGCAGCUGAUAAAAAAAAUAUGUUCCGAAUCAAAGGAUGGAGGCAUCCUUGUUUUUCUUCCAGGGUGGGAUGAUAUAAACAAAGCGCGUGAAAAAUUGCAUGCAUCCUCUUUUUUCAAGAAUCCUUCAAAAUUUGUGGUCAUAUCUCUGCAUUCAAUGGUUCCAUCUCUGGAGCAAAAAAAGGUUUUUAAGCGCCCACCUCCUGGCUGCCGCAAAAUCGUUCUGUCAACUAAUAUUGCUGAAACAGCAGUCACCAUUGAUGAUAUAGUGUAUGUCAUAGACUCUGGACGAAUGAAGGAAAAGAGUUAUGAUCCUUAUAAUAAUGUCUCAACUCUUCAAUCAUCUUGGAUUUCAAAAGCAAGUGCUAAGCAACGAGAGGGGCGUGCUGGCCGUUGUCAACCUGGAGUUUGUUAUCAUUUGUAUUCGAAGCUUCGAGCAGCUGCGUUGCCUGACUUUCAGAUUCCAGAACUUAAGAGAAUGCCUAUCGAGGAGCUAUGUCUGCAGGUAAAGAUGCUUGAUUCAAGCAGCAAAAUAGAAGUGUUUCUUGCCAAGACAUUAGAUCCACCAGUGUCUGAGUCCAUACGUAAUGCUAUUGUAGUCCUUCGCGAUAUUGGGGCAUUGUCAGCUGAUGAAACGCUCACUGAUCUCGGAGAGAAGCUUGGUUCUCUCCCUGUUCACCCAGUAAUUAGCAGGAUGCUGUUUUUUGCUAUAUUAAUGAACUGCCUUGACCCAGCUUUGACUCUAGCAUGCGCAUCUGAUUAUAAAGAUCCAUUUACACUUCCAAUGUUACCUGAAGACAAGAAGAGAGCCGCAGAGGCCAAAUCCGAGCUCGCUUCUUUAUAUGGGGGAUGUGGUGAUCAGCUUGCUGUACUAGCUGCAUUUGAAUGCUGGAACAAUUCGAAAAAAAUGGGUCUGGAAGCACGGUUUUGUUCGCAGUAUUAUGUGUCUGGAGGUGCCAUGAAAAUGUUAUCUGGCAUGCGUAUGCAGCUCCAAACAGAACUUAUCCGAAUUGGAUUUAUUCCUUCAGAUGUUUCAAGUUACAGCAUGAAUGCAUAUGAUCCUGGUGUGCUGCAUGCGGUUUUGUUAUCGGGUAUGUAUCCAAUGGUUGGGAGAUUAUGUUUUCCAAAUAAAGGUGCAAAGAGGGCUAUUAUCGAAACUGCUAGCGGUGAUAAAAUUCGCCUGCACAACCGUUCCACAAAUUUUAAGCUGUCGUUCAAGAGAAAUUUAGGUCAGGCUUUAGUUGUGUUUGAUGAGGUUACUCGCGGUGAUAUGGGUAUAAACAUAAGGAAUUGCAGUCUUGUUGGACAACUUCCACUCUUGCUGCUUUCAACUGAGAUUGCUGUUGCUCCAGGAGAAGAGGAUGGUCAUAGGAAGGAGGAAGAGGAGGAGGAAGGAGAGGAUUACGACGAUGAAGGGAGUGGAGAUGAUGGGAUGGAGUUGGAUACUGAGCCCAGUGAAAAAAACCAGGAUAAGUUCAUGUCUUCCCCUGAUAACAUUGUUAGAAUAAUUGUGGACCGUUGGCUUUAUUUUGGUUCAACAGCAAUUGAUGUUUCUCUGCUAUACUGCUUGAGAGAGCGAUUAUCAGCAGCAAUUUUAUACAAAGUAACACAUCCGAGGAAUCCUCUUCCUCCCAUCCUAGGGGCUUCUAUGCACACUAUAGCUUGCAUUCUAUCUUGUGAUGGCUGUUCUGGCAUGACAGUGCCAGCCGAUGGCAUGGACAAACUGACCAGUAUGGUAAUUGCGACGAAUCUAGGGAAGCCACCAACAUUGGCACAGCCAACACGGUCACAGCGCUAUGGUAAUAGACCAAAAGGAUCCUCUGCAGAAUUUAUAAAUCAUGGUGGAUUCCAGAACGGUGGACCUUCUAAAGCCAGCACAUCUACUUCGAGCAACAUUGGAAAUCCAAGUGGGAUCAAUUCCCAACAUCUCCCCCAUUUCACUUGA